AUGACCUGCGGAUCAGGAUUCCGUGGCCGCGCCUUCAGCUGCGUUUCCGCCUGCGGACCCCGGCCCGGCCGCUGCUGCAUCACGGCCGCCCCCUACCGCGGCAUCUCCUGCUACCGCGGCCUCACCGGGGGCUUCGGCAGCCGCAGCGUCUGCGGGGGCUUCCGUGCCGGCUCCUGCGGCCGCAGCUUCGGGUACCGCUCCGGCGGCGUGGGCGGCCUCAGCCCUCCCUGCAUCACCACCGUGUCAGUCAAUGAGAGCCUCCUCACGCCCCUCAACCUGGAGGUCGACCCCAAUGCGCAGUGCGUGAAGCAAGAGGAGAAGGAGCAGAUCAAGUGUCUCAACAACAGGUUCGCUGCCUUCAUCGACAAGGUGCGCUUCCUGGAGCAGCAGAACAAGCUGCUGGAGACCAAGCUGCGGUUCUACCAGAACCGCCAGUGCUGCGAGAGCAACCUCGAGCCCCUGUUCAGUGGCUACAUCGAGACGCUGAGGCGGGAGGCUGAGUGUGUAGAGGCUGACAGCGGAAGGCUGUCCUCAGAGCUCAACAGCCUGCAGGAGGUGCUGGAGGGCUACAAGAAGAGGUAUGAGGAGGAAGUUGCUCUGAGAGCAACAGCCGAGAAUGAGUUUGUGGCUCUGAAGAAGGAUGUGGACUGUGCCUACCUCCGCAAAUCAGACCUUGAGGCCAAUGUGGAGGCCCUGAUUCAGGAGACUGACUUCCUUCGGCGACUGUAUGAGGAGGAGAUCCGAGUUCUCCAAGCCCACAUCUCAGACACCUCGGUCAUCGUCAAGAUGGACAACAGCCGGGACCUGAACAUGGACAACAUUGUCGCUGAGAUCAAGGCUCAGUAUGAUGACAUUGCCAGCCGCAGCCGGGCUGAGGCUGAGAGCUGGUACCGCAGCAAGUGUGAGGAGAUCAAGGCCACAGUGAUCCGGCACGGGGAGACCCUGCGUCGCACCAAGGAGGAGAUCAAUGAGCUGAACCGCGUGAUCCAGAGGCUGACGGCUGAGGUCGAGAAUGCCAAGUGCCAGAACUCCAAGCUGGAGGCUGCAGUCACCCAGGCUGAGCAGCAGGGUGAGGCAGCCCUCGCUGAUGCCAAGUGCAAGCUGGCCGGGCUGGAGGAGGCUCUGCAGAAGGCCAAGCAGGACAUGGCCUGCCUGCUCAAGGAGUACCAGGAGGUGAUGAACUCCAAGCUGGGCCUGGACAUCGAGAUCGCCACCUACAGGCGCCUGCUGGAGGGCGAGGAGCAGAGACUGUGUGAAGGCGUUGGGUCCGUGAAUGUCUGUGUCAGCAGCUCCCGCGGCGGGGUCGUCUGCGGGGACCUCUGCGUGUCGGGCUCCCGGCCGGUGACGGGCAGCGUCUGCAGCGCCCCCUGCAGCGGGAACCUGGCGGUGAGCACCGGCCUGUGCGCGCCCUGCGGCCCCUGCAAUUCCGUCACGUCUUGCGGCCUGGGCGCGGGCGGCGUGGGCUCCUGCGGCAUCAGCUCCUACGGCGUGGGUUCCUGCGCCAGCGUCUGUCGCAAAUGUUAG